GAGGCACUGUUGAAGAUGAAGUCACAGGAAGGGGUGCGGGUGCUGCUUCUUGUUUGGGAUGAUCCAACAUCAAGGAGCGUUCUUGGAUUUAAGAUGGAUGGUUUCAUGGGCACUCGAGACGAGGAGACAUGCAGAUUUUUCAAGAAUUCUUCAGUGCAGGUAUUGCUUUGCCCACGAUCUACUGGGAAACGACACAGCUGGGUGAAACAGCAGGAAACAGGAACCAUUUUUACUCAUCAUCAGAAAACAGUUAUUGUGGAUGCUGAUGCUGGCAAUUAUAGGAGAAAGAUAAUUGCUUUUGUCGGAGGCCUUGAUUUAUGUGGUGGGCGAUAUAAUACACCUUGGCAUCCUCUGUUUCAGACUCUUCAGACUGUUCACAAGGAGGAUUAUUACAAUCCCAACUUUGCUACAGUUGAUGCUCGUGGCCCAAGGCAACCGUGGCACGACUUGCAUUCCAAGAUUGACGGUCCAGCUGCUUAUGAUGUUCUGCAAACCUUUCAGGAGCGUCGGUUAAAGGUGGCCAAACGUCAUGGGAUUAAAAAGUUGGCAAAAUCGUAUGAUGAUGCUCUGCUCAGUAUUGAAAGAAUACCGAAGAUUAUAAACAUAAAUGAUGCAACAUAUUUUACUGACAAUGAUCCAGAGACAUGGCAUGUUCAGGUGUUUCGAUCUAUUGAUUCAAACUCUGCCAAGGGAUUUCCAAAGGACCCACGAGAAGCAACUAGGAAGGUGUUCUUUUGCUAAGGUUGUGUCACGUUUGCUAUGGUGCCAUGUCACUUUUAUUUAACAAAUUUUUGGCGCCCGUUGCAACGC